UUCUACUAUAUUUCACAUUCAUUAAUGAAGCGUCCCGUCCCGUCCCACCCCGCCCAUUGUCAUCGCUUAUCACUCUCUCCGGACGUAUAUUUGGUUAGUAAUUAUUAAACCCAAUCAUUAUUAUCAUAAACAUAAAUAAAUAAAUAAAUAAAAUACUUGUACAACUGUCCUCCGGCCGGCUAGCUCCUUGUGUUCAACAUUCCUUCCUUCCUUACUUAUCGUGAUUGCAUGUGCAGGGGAGCUACCUAAACACCCUUGAAGUUGUAUAUAUAGAUCGGUCGACUCGACGACAAAGAAUACUCAACCAAUAUCCUAUCACAAAAUAUUAUACUCAUCAUCAACAGAGAGAGAGAGAGAGAGAGAGGGAAUGGAUACGCGUCUUCUCAUCCUCCUUCUCGCGCCCCUUGUUCUGCUCCUCUCGUCGGCACAGGCACAGCUAUCUCCUAACUUCUACCAGAACAGCUGCCCCAACGUGGAGUCACUAGUCCGCUCCGCCGUCCGGGCAAAGUUCCAGCAGACCUUUGUCACCGCCCCCGCCACCCUCCGCCUCUACUUCCACGACUGCUUCGUCCGGGGAUGCGAUGCAUCGGUGAUGCUGGAUUCCCCGACGAACAACGCGGAGAAGGACCACCCUGACGACAUCUCACUCGCCGGAGAUGGGUUCGACACGGUGGUGAAGGCGAAAGCCGCCGUGGAAAGCAACCCGAGGUGCCGCAACAAAGUGUCGUGCGCCGAUAUCCUGGCUCUGGCGACCCGCGAGGUGGUUUCCCUGGCAGGAGGACCUUUCUACAGAGUGGAACUAGGGAGGAGGGACGGGCGGAUGUCAACAAAAGGCAGCGUGCAACGCCAACUCCCACACGCAAACUUCAACUUGGAUCAGCUCAACCAAAUGUUCAACUCCCACUCCCUCUCCCAGACAGACAUGGUCGCUCUCUCCGGUGCGCACACGCUGGGGUUCUCCCACUGCGGACAAUUCGCCAGCAGGAUCUACGGCUUCAGCAAGACCAACACCAUCGACCCGACCUUGAACCGGAACUACGCCACCCAGCUCCGGCAGAUGUGCCCGCUCAAGGUGGACCCGAGGAUCGCCAUCAACAUGGACCCAACCACCCCUCGAACCUUCGACAACUCCUACUACCGCAACCUGCAGCAAGGGAGGGGACUCUUCUCCUCCGACCAGGUCCUCUUCUCCGACCCCAGAUCCCGCCCCACCGUCAACCUCUUCGCCUCCAACCAAACCGCUUUCAACAAGGCAUUUGCCGACGCCAUCACCAAGCUGGGACGACUCGGAGUCCUCACGGGGACUAAGGGGGAAAUCCGCCGAGACUGCACCCGCGCUAAUUAACUUAACUUAAGCUACCUACCUACCUACUCAAAAUGUAACUAAUCAUAAAGCACUGUUACGUUACGUUUAAUUAAGAUCCUCCCUCGAUCAUUAAUUUGCAUUCUUUCGCAUCAUCACUACCUAGCUACCUCCACAUUAAUGUACACCUUCUUCUUCUUCUUCAUGAUGCAUACACGGUUCUCGUGACCAAAUCCGAAAUCAAAUAAUAAGACCAUUUUUAUCAU